GCGCUGGCCCAGCUGAGCAGCAUCCUGGAGCAGGAGCUGGAAGGGAUCCGCGCGGCUGGCACCUGGAAGAGCGAGCGAGUCAUCACGUCCCAGCAGGGGCCACACAUCCACGUGGAUGGCGUCUCCGGAGGAAUCCUUAACUUCUGUGCCAACAAUUACCUGGGCCUGAGCAGCCACCCUGAGGUGAUCCAAGCAGGCCUACAGACCCUGGAGAAGUUUGGAGCUGGCCUCAGCUCCGUCCGAUUCAUCUGUGGGACCCAGAUCAUCCACAAGAAUCUGGAAGCCAAGAUCGCUCGCUUCCACCAGCGGGAGGAUGCCAUCCUCUAUCCCAGCUGUUUCGAUGCCAACGCGGGCCUCUUUGAGGCCCUGCUGACCCCUGAGGACGCUGUCCUUUCGGACGAGCUGAACCACGCCUCCAUCAUCGAUGGCAUCCGUCUGUGCAAGGCCCACAAGUACCGCUACCGCCACCUGGACAUGGCCGACCUGGAGAGCAAGCUGCAAGAGGCCCAGAAGCAUCGGCUGCGCCUGGUGGCCACCGACGGGGCCUUCUCCAUGGACGGUGACAUUGCGCCUCUGCAGGAGCUCUGUCGCCUUGCCUCUAGAUACGGCGCCCUGGUCUUUGUGGAUGAAUGCCAUGCCACUGGCUUCUUGGGACCCACAGGACGGGGCACCGAUGAGCUACUGGGUGUGAUGGACAAGGUCACCAUCAUCAACUCCACUCUGGGGAAGGCUCUGGGCGGAGCAUCAGGGGGCUACACGACGGGGCCGGCAGCCCUGGUGUCCCUGCUCCGGCAGCGGGCCAGGCCCUACCUCUUCUCCAACAGCCUGCCCCCCGCCGUCGUCGGCUGCGCCUCCAAGGCCCUGGAUCUGCUCAUGGAGAGCAACGCCAUUAUCCAGUCCAUGGCGGCCAAGACCCACCGGUUCCGCAGUAAGAUGGAGGCUGCUGGCUUUACCAUCUCAGGGGCCAGUCAUCCCAUCUGCCCCGUGAUGCUGGGGGACGCUCGGCUGGCCUCUCGCAUGGCAGACGACAUGCUAAAGAGAGGCAUCUUCGUCAUUGGCUUCAGCUACCCUGUGGUCCCCAAGGGCAAGGCCCGCAUCCGGGUGCAGAUCUCCGCGGUGCACAGCGAGGAGGACAUCGACCGCUGCGUGCAGGCCUUUGUGGAUGUGGGCCGGCUGCACGGGGCGCUGGCCUGAGCCAGGUUCUGCCCUCCGCCGAUCAGCUUGGGCUGGGCCAGGGGCGCUCGGCCUUCAGGCCGGCCACGGACAAGGCCCGUGACUAUGUCCCCGAGUGUGAAACAAUUGCGCAGACCGGCCA